UCACUGUACAGUGUACUACACAUUACAAUCACAUCACAAUUCGCGACACUGUAAUAUUUGAAGUCGCUUAAUUUUUGACUGUAAAUGGUAUUUUAAAUAUCCUACAACAAUGUGAAAGUGUUAAAAAUGAUUAAAUUAUAGCAGUAGCGCUUUUUAUGUUUUACUUCCUUCGUUUCUAUAUUCGUUAUUUCAUGUUUUCUUUACAACUGAUAAUUAGUGAUAUUGUUACUAAAAAUAUUGUGUUAUGAUCAAAAUAAUGGCUUAUCGAGUUUUAUUAGUUCUUGUUCUUGCAAUUAUCAGCGUGAGUACUGAAGAAGAAACUUCUGCACCAAUGACUAAAGCUGAAAGAAUAAGUUUAAGAGAGGAGGCCCGAAAAAUGUUUUACCAUGCAUACAAUGCAUACAUGGACAAUGCAUAUCCAGCGGAUGAGUUGAUGCCUCUUAGCUGCAAAGGGCGAUGGAAAGGCAUCACACCAAGUCGCGGUGACAUGGAUGAUGCUCUUGGAAACUUUUCUCUGACGCUAGUGGACAGCUUGGACACGCUGGUGGUGAUGGGAGACUUCUCCGAGUUCAGCAGAGCCAUCAAACUUGUCAUCAAAGACGUCUCGUUCGAUCACGACAUCGUAGUUUCUGUGUUCGAAACUAACAUCAGAAUGCUGGGGGGCUUGCUGUCCGCGCACGUUUUGGCAACGGUGCUGAAGCCGGAGGUGCCCGUGUUGCAGUGGUACGGUGGAGAGCUGCUGGCACUAGCUGAAGAUCUCGGUCGCCGCUUACUGCCCGCCUUCAACACGUCCACAGGGAUCCCGCACGGACGGGUGAACCUGCGGCACGGCGUGCGCCACCUGCAGGAGUCGCGCGAGACGUGCACGGCGUGCGCGGGCACCAUGAUCCUGGAGAUGGCGGCGCUGUCGCGGCUCACCGGCCGCCCCGUCUAUGAGCAGAAGGCGCACAAGGCCAUGGACAGGCUGUGGAAGAUCAGGCACAGGACGUCCGACCUAAUGGGCACGGUGAUAAACAUCCACUCCGGCGACUGGGUCCGCAAGGACUCAGGCGUGGGCGCCGGCAUCGACUCGUACUACGAGUACUGCCUCAAGGCGUACAUCCUGCUGGGCGACGAGAAGUACCUGGCCAGGUUCAAUCGCCACUACAACGCCGUCAUGAAGUACAUCAGCAGGGGGCCCGUCAUGUUGGCCGUCCAUAUGCACAGGCCGCACCUCCAAUCCCGCAACUUCAUGGACGCGCUGCUGGCGUUCUGGCCGGGGCUGCAGGUGCUGCUGGGCGACGUGCGACCCGCCGUCGAGACGCACGAGAUGCUCUACCAGGUCAUGCAGCGCCACACCUUCAUACCAGAAGCCUUCACCACCGACUUCCAGGUACACUGGGGGCAGCAUCCCCUCCGACCCGAGUUCCUCGAGUCCACAUACUUCCUCCACCGGGCUACCGAGGACGACCACUACUUGCACGUGGGCAAGAUGGCCCUCAAAGCUUUACAGCAAUACACCAAAGUGCCUUGUGGCUACGCCGCAGUCAACGACGUCAGGACGAGAGUCCACGAGGACAGAAUGGACUCGUUCGUCCUAGCGGAGACCUUCAAAUAUUUAUACAUGCUGUUCGGUGAUGAUAAAGAUAUGCCGGUAAAGUUGGAAGACUAUGUGCUGACGACGGAAGCGCAUUUCCUGCCGCUGUCCCUGGCUCAUGCGGGGAAAAACACUUCGUACUUCAGCUUGAAACUAGACGACGACGACGAGGACAAGUACAGAAAGACGUGUCCGAACACGGCUUCGCUGGUAGCGGAGAAGGUCCGGCAGCCGAUGCGGCAGCUGCUGGGCGCGGCGGCGGCGCGGCCGCCCGCGCGCCUGCGCCCGCUCAACGACCCGCGCCAGAUCCACGCGCUCGCCGACAUGGGCAUCUCCGUGCUCACGCUGCCCGAUGGCAGGGUGCAACUGCUCUACACAACCAAUACGGCCAAAUCAUCAAAAGAUGCAGCAGAAGGACUGACGUUUAUGCGCGAGAUGUCCAAGUGGAACUCUAUGAGCGAUGUAGAAAAUGGUGUGACACCGGUGGGUGUGGAAGUUCGCGGACGCGUGUUUCCUGCGGGCCCGGGUCAUUUUGGGCGCGAGGUGCGCGACGCGCGCCUCUCCGGUACGCCCGUCCGCGUCUACCCACUGGACGCCUGCACGGCGCUCAACAACGCCGCCAGCCUUAAGGGCAAGUUUGCCGUCGCGCAACGGGGACAAUGUACAUUCGCUCAGAAAGUCAGAAAUAUACAAAACGCCGGUGCCAAGCUCGCCAUCGUCGUGGACAACGUGCCCGACUCCACGCACACGGUCACUGCCAUGUUCGCGAUGUCUGGCGAUGGCAAGGACGACAUCGAAAUACCGGCCGUUUUCCUCUUCACUCGGGAGGGCGACUACCUGUUGGAUGCCAUGAAUGAGGACCCCGAAUUGAUCGUUACCGUCGGCGAACUCAAGUCGCUCAAAAGACAGUACGAAAACACCUGCGACGACGAUAACUGCGAGGCCGUUUUGGAAACAUCAAGCGGGCCCGCAGAGUCGGAAUCAUUUGAUCACCUCAAAAAAGUACUCAGCCAAUUAGUGGCGCAGUUUGAACUGUCUUUAUCUCACGAUGAAAGCAGCGGUACACAGGGGCAGCGCUGCGGCAACGAAGUUUUGGAGCAGCCGUUCCAAAACGAUAUAGUUUAUAGUAAAGAAGGCCACAUAGAAGACCUUCCGGCUGUUCCUGUCAAGAGAGAAAGAACAACUGACACACCGGACGCCCUCUCUGACGAAACGAUAAGAGUAAAGACAGCUGUAAAUAUCCCUGGCGAGUUUUGAUAGAGUCAAUAAUUAUAGCAAUUUGUAUAAAGUGAUGUAAAAAUAUUGUAUAUACUAUUUGUAAGAUUUAACAUAAGGUCGACACAAUGAUCCUUUGACGUAUCCCAAACAUCGUUUAUACAAUAAAACAAAUAUCCUGGCGAAUAUGAUUCAAGUUCAAUGCAAAAAUGGAGAGGCAGUUUCUGUAUAAAAAUGCAUCCUGCUCGACUAAUCCGUCGUUUGGACGCAUCGGCAUGCCUUAUAAUCCCUCCCAAUAGUUGAACAAAGUCUUGUUUUUUAUCAAUGAAAAGAAUCAGGAUAAAGGGACGUGUGCAGCGUCUUAUUUGUUGAAUUUAUUGGUACGGUGUUAUCUCUUUCUGUGUUUAACCUUAGAUAAAUAAGUAAGCCUACUCCGUAUGCAGCUAAGUUAUAAGCGAGUUUAAAACUUAUUAUUAAUAAGUUUUAACUUACCUCCUAUAACAUACAUUAUUAUUAAAUAAGGUAACUGAUGUAUGGAGUUAGCACUCUAAGCUUACCUAUUUUUCUAUGGUUUAACUAUGCAUUGCCUGCAUCGGCAGCACGAUCGCUUUAUAUCCAACGGAUUUAUAUCGGACGGAUAAGUGAGUAGGACGAAUGCUAUACGUAGGAAAUAUAGUGGUCGUGAUAACUAGUUUGAGCGGUCUAAAACUAGCGUAAACCGUGUCUUCAGGACCCCUAGUGUAAAUUUAUUUGAUAGCGAAACGUGACGUACGCGUUUGCGUUAAGUCUCAUUUUGUAUGGGAUUUUGAACAGCGCGCCAAGCGGGACGUUUUGGAAACUCGAAAAUCUCAUACAAAAUGACACUUAACGCAAACGCGUACGUCACGUCGCUAUCGAAAAAAUGUACACUAGGGGUACAGAACUGGUUAUAUUUAAUAAAGUUUUACUUAAUUGUACAAUAAAACCCUUGCUCUUGUCGUCUGAAAUGAUUCGCUGUUUUGGUAUUGUUAUUAAAAUUUAAUAACAAUUUAAGUUUUACUAACAAUAGGCUACAAAAAUAUAUAAAUUAAAUUACUUUUAACGAUA